CUUUGUUUUUUUCCAAUUAGGGCUUAGCGUCUCCCCUCUCUCCACUCCUCAUUUUCAUUAAUCAAGUUUGCGACGCCGUCUCUCUCUCUCUCUCCGAUAUAAAUAGUAAACCCUAACCACUCCAGCCGUCGAAACCCUAGUGGUUCUCAACCAAUCCACGGCUUGAAACCCUAGGGUAUCUCAACUUCCUAACGAAGAUCGAUUCAAACCCUAACGAAGUCUCAGCCGAGCCCCGACGAGCUUGGAAGAUCGAUCUGAGCUCUCGGCGUGCUUCUUUGAAACGGGUGGGCAUAUAUCAUUCGCUGGAUCUGUUGCAGUAGCUAUAAAGGUGGGCUUGUUGCAGUUUGUCUCUUUAAGAGUGCCAAAAGCUGGACUGUAGCUUUUAGAUAUUUCCAUUGAGAGAGAUACAUUUCUGCCAUUUGCUUCUCUAUUUCUCGUGGGUUUCUUCGUUUAUAGAAGAUGAUGGCUGCCCAGAGAAGCAUUUUGCUUAUUUCCUUUUCACAGGAGAUUGUUGACGGAGAGCCAGUCUAUUUUUCCUCUAAUUGCCUUCCAGUCAAGGCUUCUAAAUUCGAACCCGCUGGGCAUGCUUUCCACUCCGCUGCUCUCAGGCUUCUCGGUUGGUGUGAAAAAGAAGAUGAUGAUGUUGAUAAGCAGAAUAUGCCCACUGAUAAGGAAGAUGCAUAUGUGCCAUCAUCCACGUCAUAUGGCACUAAAGGUAAAAAGAAAUCUGGUGCUGAGGGAAAGCAACAAGAUCAUUAUGACUUGCUCGGUUUGGGCCAUUUAAGGUACCUUGCUACUGAUGAGCAGAUAAAAAAGAGCUACCGUGAGACAGCUUUAAAGCACCAUCCUGACAAACAAGCUGCCCUUCUUCUUGCCGAGGAGACUGAAGCAGCAAAACAAGCAAAGAAGGAUGAAAUAGAGAACCACUUCAAGGCUAUUCAAGAAGCCUAUGAGUUGUUAAGUGACCCUACGAGGAGAAGAAUUUACGAUUCCACGGAUGAGUUUGACGACGAAAUCCCUACAGACUGUGCCCCUCAAGAUUUCUUCAAGGUAUUUGGUCCCGCUUUUAUGAGGAAUGGGCGGUGGUCUGUUACCCAACCUGUUCCCUCUCUAGGUGAUGAUAAUGCUACAUUAAAAGAUGUGGAUAGCUUUUAUAAUUUCUGGUACAGCUUUAAGAGCUGGAGAGAAUUCUCACAUGAAGAUGAAUUUGAUCUUGAGCAAGCCGAAUCUCGUGACCAUAAGAGGUGGAUGGAAAGGCAGAAUGCUAAAAUCACAGAGAAGGCUAGAAAGGAGGAGACUGCACGGAUACGUGCUCUAGUUGACAAUGCUUAUAGAAGAGACCCUAGAAUCUUGAGAAGGAAGGAGGAGGAAAAAGCUGAAAAGCAGAGGAAAAAGGAGGCUAAAUAUCUGGCUAAGAAGUUGCAGGAGGAAGAGGCCGCUAGGUUGGUGGAAGAGCAGAGACGAAGGAAGGAAGAAGAAGAGAGACAAGCUGCAGAAGCUGCUUUACAUCAUAAGAAGACAAGAGAAAAAGAGAAGAAGCUAUUGCGCAAGGAGAGGACCCGUCUUCGAACUCUUUCGGCGCCUAUUUUGUCGCAGCAUCUGCUUGGUAUUACCGAAGAUGAUGUCGAAAAUCUUUGUACGUCUCUUGAAAUUGAGCAGCUGAGGAAUUUGUGCGACAAAAUUGAGUCAAAAGAAGGGGUAGAGCGAGCAAAACUCCUCAAAGAGGCACUUGGUAGUAAAAGUGACUUGGAAGAGCAGAAGCCAGACAAGAACCCAAAAGAAAAUGGCUCUGUACAAGUUAACGGAAGUGUUCUGUCAAGCGGUGGGGAUAAAAAGGAAAAAUUUUGGGUCAGGGAGGAGAUUGAGCUUUUGAGAAAAGGGAUCCAGAAGUACCCUAAAGGAACAUCUAGGAGGUGGGAGGUUAUUUCAGAGUACAUAGGCACCGGAAGGUCUGUUGAGGAGAUUUUGAAGGCCACCAAAACUGUUCUUCUCCAAAAGCCUGACUCCGCAAAGGUUUUUGACUCAUUCCUUGAAAAGAGAAAGCCAGCACAGUCCAUUGCCUCCCCACUUACAACUAGAGAGGAAGUAGAAGGGGUUUCUACCAGUAAUGGGCCUGACGAUAAAACUCCUGAUGCUACGAAGGAUAAUACUAAGGAGGCUAUGAAGGAUAAUGCCAAGGAGUCUUCCAGCAACCAACAACUAAAUGAAGAUGUUGUUAAUGCAAAUGUUGUUUCGUCGAGUUCAGACCAAGAUGUGUGGUCUGCUGUCCAAGAAAGGGCCCUUGUGCAAGCCCUGAAGACAUUCCCAAAGGAAGCUAGUCAGCGUUGGGAACGAGUUGCAGCUGCUGUUCCUGGGAAGACUGUGAAUCAGUGCAAGAAGAAGUUUACAUCGCUGAAAGAGAGUUUCAGAAGUAAGAAAGUUGCAGUUUAACUGUUCUAUCAUAUCGGAGUUCAAGUCCUGAUUAUGCAGCUAAGGUGAAAAUUCAUUUUUAGUAAGAUUGUCUGGUAUCUUUAAUUAAAAUCAUUAUUUUUGUCUUCCAUGGUAGUAAUAGGUUAAUAGCUGCUAUACUGUGGAGGGCAUUUUUGCCGUGGUUUGAUAUUAUCCCUUUCUGUUAGUCUGCUAUAUACAGAUGUUUUUUUUGGAAGGUAGAGCUAUUAUUAAGAUGAUUAUAAAAAGCGAUUCUCGUCUCCACACUCUCAGUGGUACUGAUGAUAAA